GAGCCAGAGCUCGGUAGGCUGCAGAGUGGCCGCGCCGCCCACGGAAGGAUGCAGAAGUAGCGGCGCCGGCUCCGCCGCCCGCCUGCGGGUUUGACUGAUGUGUGUUGAAAAUGGAAGCUUAUUUUUAUUUAAGACUGUUAUCAAAAACAGGGGGAAAUAAAAGAAUGAGGAGUAGUGCAACGUUCCAAUGGUUGUCAUCGAUUAUUUUUUUAUAUUUAGUGAACCAAGCACAUGGACAGAGUAGAGAAGUUCCUCAUGAUUUAAAUUGUAUAACCCAUAAUUUAAAGAUAUGGGACUGUUCCUGGGAAGCCUUGCCUACAAUAAACCAUGGUACUACUUAUGAAAUUUGUGUUAUAAACAGUUCUCAUCCCUGUAUUCGGACAGAAAAAACACAUUUUAAGAUUCCAGCUCUUUCCUUUGCUGAUCAUGAGAUAAAAAUAAAUUCGAUUGAUGUUUCUGGGAAUUCUGUUACUAAAUUUAUCCUAAAUGAAAGAAAUGUUUCUUUAGUUCCAGCUACAUUACAGGAUUUUAAUUUGACAGCUGAUUUUUCAACGUCUACAUUGUACCUGAAGUGGAAUGACAAUGGCUCUGUUUUUCCCCAUCACUCAAGUGUCAUCUGGGAAAUUAUUGUUCAAUAUAAAGAAAAUAUGGAAGUUGCCACAGUAGCAACACUUAAUACAACUCUGAUUGGUAAGGAUUCAGUUCAUCAUUGGAAUUGGACCUCAGAUAUCCCUUUGGAAUGUACUCCACAUUAUGUGAAAAUUAGAUAUUACAUUGAUGAACUUCAUUUUUUUGGUCAAAAAAAGUGGAGUGAAUGGAGUUCACUUAGAAAUAUUUCAGGACCUCCUGUAAAAGAAAAUUAUGAGAUUUUUCCUCAAGACAAAGUGGUACCAGUGGGUUCAAAUGUGACAUUUUGUUGUAUAGUUGAGGAACCUGUCUUAAAUGCGCAAUUUGGAAAAGAAAGCUGUUCUCUUAUCCGCCUUGAUCAUAAAAGCAUUGCAAUCAAGAUCAACAAUAUUACUGUUUCUCCAAGUAGUGGAACAAAUGUGGUUUUUACAACAAAGUCAAAUAUGUAUGGAACAGUUGUAUUUGCAGGAUAUCCACCUGAUAUCCCUAGAAAGCUGAACUGUGAAACACGAGAUUUGAAAGAAAUUAUAUGUAGUUGGAAUGCAGGAAGACCAACUGGAUUUUUUGGGCCUCGUGAGACAAAUUAUAUCCUCUAUGAAAGAUUUUCAGGAAGAAAUGUUACGUACAGUAGAAAUGAAGAACACAUGAAUGAAAACCAUCAAUUAAUCUUCCAAAUGAUAACUGGUCAGGAAAUAUAUAAUUUCACCCUGGAAGCUAGCAAUCCUUUGGGUAGAUCUGAAGCAGUAAUUUUAGUUAAUAUAACUCAAAGAGUUUGUCCUCAUACUCCUUCAAAACUCAUUGCAAAGGAUAUUAAUUCAACUGCUAUUUUUCUCUAUUGGCACUUAUCUGGCAACUUUGCAAAUAUUAAUCUUUUAUGUGAAAUUGAAAUUAAUGCAACUUAUUCAGGGCAAGAAUUGCGGAACAUCACUGUUAGAGGAUUAGAAACCUCUAGUUAUCAUGUUUACAUCAAUAAAUUGAUGCCAUAUACUAUGUAUAUUUUCCGAGUUCGUUGUUCUUCUGAGAACUUUUGGAAGUGGAGCAAAUGGAGUAAUGAAAAGCAUUACUUAACCACGGAAGGAAUUCCUUCAAAAGGACCAGAUAUCUGGAGAGAGUGGAGUGCUGAUGGGAAAAGUGUAAUAAUAUACUGGAAACCCUUAUCUCUUAAUGAAGCCAAUGGAAAAAUACUUUCUUAUAAUGUAUCAUAUUGGUCAGAAGAAAAAACACAAUACCUUUCUGAGAUUCCUGUUCCACAGCAUAAAGCAGAAAUAAAACUUGAUAAAAAUGAUUAUAGUGAUUACAUCAUUAGUGUUGUGGCCAAAAAUUCAGUUGGAUCAUCUCCACCUUCUAAGAUAAGUAGUAUGGAAAUCCCAAAUGAAGACAUCAAAGUAGAACAAAUUGUUGGAAUAGGAAAUGGCAUAUUAUUUCACUGGAAUUAUGAUCCCAACAUGACUUGUGAUUAUGUUAUAAAAUGGUGUAACUCAACUCGAUCUGAACCCUGCCUCAUUGACUGGAAAAAAUUCCCGGCAAAUAGUACUGGAGCACUUGUAGAAUAUGAUAAUUUUCGAUCUGGAACACGCUAUAACUUUUUCCUCUAUGGCUGCAAAAAUCAGAAAUAUCAAUUAUUACGUUCAAUUCUUGGAUAUACAGAAGAAUUGGCUCCAAGUGUUGCACCAAAUUUUACUGUGGAAGACACUUCUGCAGAUUCAAUAUUGGUAAAAUGGGAAGACAUUCCUGUUGAAGAUCUUAGAGGAUUUUUAAGAGGAUAUUUAUUUUACUUUGAAAAAGGGGAGAAAGGCACUUCUAAAAUCCAGGGUUUGGAAUCAGGACGUUCUGAUGUAAAAGUUAAGAAUAUUACUGACAUAACACAAAAAACAUUGAGAAUUGUCGAUCUUCAAGGAAAAACAGGCUAUCAUCUGCACCUGCAAGCUUACACAGAUGGUGGAAUAGGUCCAGGAAAGUCCAUGUAUGUGGUUACAAAGGAAAAUUCUGAGGGAUUAAUUAUUGCCAUUCUCAUCCCUGUGGCAGUGGCUAUCUUUGUUGGAGUAGUAACCAGUAUUCUUUGUUAUCGUAAAAGAGAAUGGAUUAAAGAAACUUUCUAUCCUGAUAUUCCAAAUCCAGAAAAUAGUAAGGCAUUGCAGUUUCAUAAAAGCAUCUGUGAGGGAAGCAGCACUCUGAAAACGCUGGAAAUGAAUCCUUGCACCCCUAAUAAUGUGGAAGUGGUGGAAACAAGAUCAGUGGCUCCUAAAAUAGAGGAGGAUACUGAAAUCAAGUCUCCAGUGGCUGAUGGUCGUCCUGAAGAAGGAUCCGAUGCUGAGCCUGAAAACCAUGUGGUUGUCUCCUACUGUCCACCAAUCAUUGAGGAGGAGAUAGCAAAUGCUGGAGGGGAGGAGGCAGGAAGCUCUUCCCAAGUCAUUUAUAUUGAUAUUCAAUCAAUGUAUCAACCUCAGGCAAAACCAGAGGAAGAACUAGAAAACCACUCAGUAGGUGGAGCAGGCUAUAAGCCGCAAAUGCAUCUGCCUGUUACUUCUACUGUAGAGAACAUAAUCACAGCAGAUGACUUAGAGAAAACUGCAGGUUACAGACCUCAGACAAAUGUAAAUGCUUGGAAUUUAGACUCUCCAGACUCUCCUCGGUCCAUAGACAGCAACAGUGAAAUUGCAUCCUUUGGAAGUCCAUGUUCAAUUAAUUCUCGACAGUUUUUGAUUCCCCCAAAGGAUGAAGAAUCUCCUAAAUCUUCUAAUGGAGGGUGGUCUUUUACAAAUUUUUUUCAAAACAAACCAAAUGAUUAGCAAUAGUAUCAUGUUGUGUCAGUCUACCAUCUCAAUAAGCUCUGGCUCCUGGGGUUGUAAUAGCAGCAGCACUGGUUAUUCUAGGAGGCCUCCAGUGGAGUAUAUUUUUAGUGAGAUGAACUUUACCACAUGUUAAGUUACACUGAAAGUGUUAAUGUUGUUUUACUGUAGCCUAAAAGCCAAAGUAUAGCAACUCAAUAAUUCAAUUCAUGUGAUCCAAGAUAUGGGUUUGGAUCUAUUUGUGAUUCCAGCCAAAUAAGCCUCAAUUAACUCGUGGCAUUUUCAGAUUAAUUAUUACUUAAUAUUUCAGAAAAUAUCCAAACUAUUUUACAUUCAUUAACUAAUCAAUUCUUAUUACGUUAUUGAAUCCCAAUCAGAACGUUUGAAACUGCAGAUGGGGGGGGAAGCAUGCAGAUGUUCAAAUCAGCAAAGAAUUAGUUGAUUGAAAUUUGUUCAAAUCUAGAUAAAAGCCAAGCACAGAUCAAGUAUCAUAAGACCUUUUUUUCUCUGUAAUUAACAUAGCUUUUAAAAUGUAGCAGCAGCUAUUUUAGCUUUUUCUUUGAUAAGUAGGUCUCUGUGCCUACUCUAUAAUUGUUAAGAAAUUGUUGACUCAGGGGCACAAACUUGGAAAAUGAGUAUAACACUGACAUAUGCCACAUUUCUGAUUUAGCAGUUUCUUUUCCCCACUAAUUUUUAACUACUACAUGUACAUGCUUUAGUGAUUUACAGGACUAGGAGUGCAUAUCUAAGACAUAAUGAACAAACAAGCCCAACUCUUGACAGUUAUUUUGUGAAAAUGCCAAUUUUCAUGAGUGUGUGAACAAAGUACACACUUAAAUAUAAUGUUUCAGCAUUAACUGCACUAAUUUUCCAUUUAAAACUCUUAUUAGCAAAAUUUAGCCAAAUCAAUCUCUACCACUAGUGAUAACAAUUGGCAUUAGUUCUCCAUGAAGAAAUGAUUCUAUGAAUGAGCCACAGAUUAAUGUCAUUUAAUAUGAGCAUAUGAUCUAUUUCCUAAUUGUAGUCUAAUAGUUAUAUUUCUUAAAUAGACCAUCAAUGCCACCUUCCUGAUGGAAUACUUAUUAUUUUUGAUGAAAAAGUAAAGAAUUGAUUCUUCUUUUUUUGUUCUUAAGAUAAAUCACUUGGUAGCUAUGUUAUUGUAAAUGUCAUGAACAACUACAAAUUCAAACUUAAUUUGAAUUAAUUCUAUUAAGCAUCACAUAACUAAACAAUUGCCUUUAGCACUUAUAAAAAGCACGAGUGCCCUUAUAACAAAGAAUAAUUUUAACCUCCCAAGUUUUUCAGAAACAGCUGCUUCUCUGGGAAAUGACUCUUAGAAAAUUUUGUUUCAUGUCAACUUACAGAUUGCAGUGUUUUUUAAACUGCCUUUAAGAUUUGUAUGUAUUUAGCCUUUUAAUGGCUAAAUUACAAAUACUUAAAAUCCUUUGGUAACUGAUUAAGUCAAAGUAUUUUAUUUUAUUUUGAUUUAUUUGCUAUCAUAGGGAGCAUUCUGUUAGUACAUUUGGACCCCUGACUAAAGCAUUCUAGUAUAUCUUGUAGAAGGUGAUAGGGCAGUUAGGAGCAAAUUUCAUUUAGAGAUCAUAUUUUUAAACCCUCAUUUUAACUGAUAGGUUUCACCUAAUAUUUAGGAUCUAGAAUGAGACUAGGGAAAGAAAUGCAGAGUAAGAUGUACUAAGUAUAAUUGUAGCAUAUUCAGACUUUGACCACAUGCAUUUUUUUAAUCCCCAGGGCUAACCCUAAACAAAAUUGUGAAAUAGAUGAAUAGCACUCUCUCUGUCUCUGUGUCUCUGUCUCUGUCUCUCUGUCUCUGUCUCUGUCUCUCUCUCUCUCUCUUUCUCUCUCUGUUUGUGUGUCUUUCUUUCCCCUAGCAUUUCUCCCUCUCUCUCUCCCUCCCCCCUCUUCCUCACUCUGCUUCCUCUCAUGAAGCUUCUAAACUCUCUACACCUCAUCAUCUAAAUACUGCUCUUCCUGGCAGGUACCCUGCCACAAUCACCUAACUGCCUGUUACUGUGAUUGCACUCUCAUCAUUACAUAGCUUACAAUGCAACUUAUGUACCUAAGCAGUUUAUUUCUUCAGGGACAAGCUAUCAAUGUUUCAAGGUGAUAGUGAACUAACCUGAGCUAAUAGGGAAAUAGUACAUUCCCAAAUCUCUCCUUACCUUUGAAAUAACAGGAAUGCAUUGUUAACAGUGGUCAUCUGGAGACUUUGCUCAGUCUUCCUUCUCCUAAUUAAAGAAGUGAUUCUAACGCUGAAAAUUUUAGGCCAGAUAAGAAGUAAUGUGGCAGCAUGUUAGAAUAAUUUGGAGCAGGUCAAACUUUAAGCAAUUGAUUGUUACAUUGGUAGAUGAUUUCAUACUACCCAUUUAUAAAUUCAAUUCAUGAUAGAAAAAUGUAAUUAUACUAGGUUUAUAUCCCUAUUGAUCAAAUAGUAUCAUAUUUUGAAACAUAUUUAAAGCAUUAGCACAUUUCUGGAAUUUCAGUACAAAUUUUAUAUUUUCAAACAAGUCUCCUUUGCAUACCAGUCAAACAACCUAUUAGUAAUAGUUUGCAUUUAUAUAAUGCUUUCAUGUAGUAGAACUUUGUUUUUUCAUUUGAAACAACCACCUUGGGAGAUGGGUGAUAUCAUUGUCAUGUUUGUUUUUUUACAGUUGAGGAAACUGAAAUAAAGGUUAAAUGACUUGCCUAGCAUCACACAGUUACUAAGUGUCUGAAGCCACAUUUGAGUAUAGCCUCCAUGACUCCAAGCUCUGCAAUCAUUUUGUAGACUAUAAAUUGAUACUUACUUACCAUUCAUAGAAAAAAGUAAUCAGAUUAUCAUGUUUUGUCAUAAUAUAUUUCACAAAGCUAACAAGACAUAGUGAAUAUAAAGACCUGAUGUCAGGGUCAGGAAAACAAGGGCUCGAGUCCAUUCUCUGGCAUAUACUGGCUAUGUGACCUUGGGCAAAUCAUCUAAUCUCUCACUGUCUCCAGCCAGUUCUGUAAAACUAACAAUUGCUGGUGUGCUUUGGUAAAGGGAGUUUCAUAACCUGGAAGCUCCCCAUUCUGAUGAAAUCACAGAUCUAAACAAAGCACGUCUUGUGUUGUGUAAAUUAUUUCACCUAUUAUAAAAUUAAAAUUAUCUUUAAAUGUAUGGAAACAAGGACAAUAAUAGCUUUCCAAUUGAUUAACACUGUGACAAGCUUUUAGUCUUUGCAAAUUAGAAACUAAAACAGGGAAAGAAAAAAGAUGAUUGUUAAUUGAAAAAAUAUACAACUUUAUAUGUAUAUGUACAUGUAUAUAUAAUAUACAUACACAGCAAGAAUUCUCAGUCUAGCUUUUAAUACUCAGGGGUUUUUUUUAUUAGUCAUUUUCUAAAGGGAAAACACAACUGGUACUGUUGGAGACUGAAGUAGAAAUCCAUAUCCUUGCAGCAUUUGUUUCAAAUUAGAUAUUUUGUUACUUUUUUCUUUCUAUAAAUUGGAGUGAUAACUCUGAAUCUGCUGCUUUCAAUUUUGAGCCAUAUUAUGAUUUGUAUAAUUCUUUUGUUUAAAAAAUAAUUUUUAUUUAUGUAGAAAUUCAGCAUUGAGCAUCAAUUUAGGACAGAAGGGUUGCGUUAGUGAUGCUUGUCCUUCAGCUAUAGAAAGAUUAGGCACAUAGAUGCCCAAUAAAUAUAUUUGAUUGAACUUGACCUAGAGAAAAUCUUUCAAACUGGAGUAAUCUCUAGUGAUCCAUCAAAAGUCUAGAGUAACCAUGUAAAGCAGGUUUGUUCCCGUGUCAGUUCCAUCUGUUAUAGAAGUGGUCCUAUAUAACCAAACUGACUUCACACUCCAGAGCUCUUCUAGAUAAUUACCUGUCCCCACCUUCAUUAGCUAUAUAUCUCUGAGGAAUAAGUCUAAACUUUUUCUGGAAGAAGAAGGGAAAGGGUCUUUCAUUUCUCUGAAUUUGGUUUGAGUUUGAGGCACUAAAUGCAAACAUAUAUAUAUACAUAUAUACGUAUGUAUGUAUAUAUAUAGUUGCUUUUUAUUUUGAGCCAUGUUAAAAUAUACCUAAUUUGUUUUAUAUAAAAAGACUUUGCAUUUUUUUACACCCCAUCAUUUUGAAAUAUGAUCAAGUAUAAAUGCCACUAGAAUUGUUGCAUUUAUAGUUAUACUUUGUGCAUAAUCUGAACAUUUCUGUUUUGCCAUAGUGUGCACACAAUUUAAAACAUCUAUACCAUAACUAGAAAACAUUUGGGAAGGGUAUUAACUUGUACAUAUAAGCUUGGGCUAUGAUUUCUUAAUAUAGAAAACUAUUCAAUUCUGUAAAAUAUCUUGUUAAAACAUGUAUUUCGAACUGGUCACAUUGGUUUCAUUGGAGAGCCAAUUUUGAAUUGCCAUCAAACUUUUAUUUUUUAAAUCUUUUUACAUCCAAAUUCCAUUUAUAACAUAUUGAAGAGAAAAAUAUGCUUGCUUUUUACAAACUAUAAUCGGGGGGGCGGGGUUAAAUUAUUUUUAAAGGUGGUUUAUUCAGAUCUUUAGCUCUAUACCUGUACUAUGUUUAUGUAGUAAUCAUGAAAAAUUUAUAUUAGUGCCUUAAUUUGGUUACCCUAUUUUCAGUUAAUACCUUUGUGAUAGUUAUCAAAAAUAACUUGUUUCAUGCUAAUUAAUAAAACCUUUUUAAAAUAUUACCAUUGAGGAAUUCAAACCAAUAUCCACUUUAUAGGCCAUAUGAUAUUUUAUUUCAUACAUAUAUAUGUAUAUAUGUUUCACUUGAUUUGACCAAGAUUAUUUCUGAACUUGUGUGAUAAUGUUGCAUUGUGUUAUGAGAGGGUCUGUUGUGUUUAGAACAGCAUUUUGAUCAUAAGAACAAUAUUGGUGAUUUCUCUCUAUGUUUUGUAAUUGGUGUGAAAUAAUGCUCAUUACCACCUUUCUUUUAUUUUUGUGUCAGUUCCAUUCUUGUUGCUGCUUUCCCUCUAACCCUUCAUAGAAUUUCUGUUCAACAUACCAAAAACUUUUCUGUUAUUCUCUUGCUGUCUCUUGGGUCCCACCGUUUUUGCAUUUGUCUCAUUUUUGAUAAAUGAUUUGCCCCUUCUCUUCUGGUCAAACAUGUCCAUGAUAAUAUCUCAUGCCACUACUUAUGGGCAUGUUAUCAUUGAUUACAUGCUGUAAUCUGUUUAUUAUGCUUACCAUGUGUCUUUCCAUUUCAUCCUUUGGAUCAGUUGUAAUUUUUAUAAUUUCCUCUCUAUAUUUGAAAUAAUACUACUUGGAAUUUAGAUAUUCACAACUUAAAUAAAAUUUACCUAUGCAAGUCAGAUUCUGACUGCCUAAUAUUUUCAUGAGUUUAUUGCUGUGGUCUUAGAAAAACCACCCUCUAAAUUAGUCCUUUUACUGUGAAAGUGCCUAGUUGAAACAAAUGUAGUUUUUAGAAAAAUAAACUAUAAUUGAGUGAAUAUCAACCAAAUAUGAAUUAGUAAUAAUUUUCAUCACUUUCAUUACUGAAAAGAGAUUAUCUUAUCAACAAAUUGAUAUGAAAGAGAUAGUUAACUAAGUUAAUCAUAUUGAUUUCUGUCUUUCAAGGUUCCUUUUAAAAUCAGAACCAAAAUCAUUUAAACUGAAAUAGCAUAUAUCAAUGAAAGUGAUUUGGUUAGAUUGUUGAAUUAAAGUUGUUAGUUUCAUUGUCACCUAAAUCUCUAAUUGAAUUUUAUUACAUAUUGCACAAAUGCUGGAUGUACUUCUAACACCAUUUUUGAUAGGUAUCAAUUAAUUUUUAGGUCACUGUUCUAUUUGCUGAGCAUUCCAUGUUGUAUAAAAAGUCAGAUUAUUUAUUCCAUUGUGGUAAAACAUUGCCAUUGGCUUGUUGAAAAGAUGAAACAGUAUGUUCUGAGGAAUCAUUGCUAAUCUGAUAUUUUUUUAAAAGUAGCUAUAUUCAUGAUUUUGUUGUUGAACAUUGAAAAAGAACACUUGAGUACUAGUUUUUAUAGAAUUUAUUUUUUUAUAUUUUCAUAGAUGCUCCCUUCCGUGUUAGUAGUUUCCCCCACUUUGAUAAUAGAUAUCCUGCAUUUUACGUUCUUACUAUAGCACAAACAUUAGUUCUUUUUUAACUUUAUUCCCACCAACAUAAAUGCCAGAAAUGUGAAUGGCACUAAGAAUAAUGCAGUUGAAGGAAACACAUUAAAAAGUCUAUUCAGUGUACUUUUGUGAAGAGAGAGACUACUUGACAUUUCUGUAUAUCUUGUAGCCUGUGAUUCUGUUUUUAAAAAGAAUUGAUUUUUUAAAAAUAUGUCUAAUUUGCUUCCUUAAUUUUUUUUAAAGGAAUACAAUCAACAGUAUAACCCAAAGCUGGAGUGGAUAUUUCAAAGUAUUCAACUGUUACACUUUAGUAUGCUUAUCUAAUUUAUAGUGUUCUUUCCAUUUCUGGAAAAGGAAUUCCAAAAAAUGCUUUUUAAAUUUCUUUUCCUCUCUCUUUAAGCAAUCACAUAAAUGUGUUCAUAAAUCUAGGAAAUCAUCCCCUUUUCUCACUUCCAAAAUUGCAUUAUACUGAAUUGCUGUUUACUAAAUAUACACAUACUGUGAACAGGUUUAAGUUUUUAUGUCUUUUGUAAGGUUGUAUGUAGAAUGUGUUUCUUUUUUAAAGGGAAUGUUAAUUAUGUUUAAAAACAUUUUCAGUUUGCUACAUAUUUUAAUAAAACAUGUUUACUAAUUUGUUCUGUAAAGAUGUUCUGAGUACAAGUUGAGAGAAAGUUGGGAAAAGCAUAAGCUUCAAAACUUUACCAUUUAUAUUUCAUGUAAUAACUAAUCCCUCAGAUUUGCCUUUAAAUCUGAUCACAUGUGAAAUAUGCAUUAUCUAAAAGUGUAUGUUUAAUAAUAAAAGAAACCUCUUUAAGAAGUCAGAACUUAAAUAUUUAGAUGCACACAAAGUAGGUUAAAGUGAUUCACCCAAUCUAGAAGCCAUGGAAUAAACCAUGAAGAACCUUUUACAUGGGAAUUUGAAAUCUUAUGUUUUCUUCUAUCAGUAACAAACGGAUUUCUCCCUGGAACUGUGUGGUUACCUCAUAUAGCAUAAGGAUAGGAGAAUCUGAGUGAUUAGUAGACAAGCAUAGGGAAAUAAUGUAUACUUUAAAAGUGAGAUUUAGUAUCAUGUUGGAAAAUAUGGUUACAGCAGAGGCAUAGACUAUUAACUCAUGUAUUACUAAGACACCGUAAAUGUAAAACUAGUUUGCUUGGCUGUUAACUCUUGAAGUGUUGCUUAUGUCUGUUUUUAAAAUAUGCAUGUAUUUAACAGUUUUACCAUAGUAUUGCCAUGAAAAUAAAUAAAUAUAUUUUCUUACACUCUAACAA